AUGUCCUGUAUCUCUGACGCUGUUUGCGCCGCUGCUGAUAAGAUAAUUUAUCCGAUUUUGCCCGAAUUUUUGAAGCCAUCAUGGGAUCAUCCAGCUGGCCCAAAGACAGUCUUCUUUUGGGCGCCAACAAUCAAGUGGUGCUUGGUGUUAGCUGGCCUCGCUGAUAUGAUACGACCCGCUGAUAAGCUUAGCUUUUAUCAGGCAAGUGAAAAUGUGGCGCUUUUUGCAACAGGAGCGAUAUGGACGCGAUACAGCUUUGCGAUUACUCCGGUGAAUUAUAACCUCGCAAGCGUCAACUUCUUCCUCUGCGCCGUAGCACUUUUUCAGCUCGCCAGAAUUGGUUUUUAUGAGGCAUUUUCGGAACCGUUGGUGAAUGCAACAGCAGUGAUUGUAACUGCGACGUAG